CGAUCUUUUGUCAAAGGUCGCGGUGCAUGCGCCACGGCCGUGGCUUCAAGACCACGUUCGUCGACCACCUCCGCAAGCGACGACAGCUUGCCAACAUGAGCGAAUUGCAUGAAUACACGGCCGCCGAGGUGCUUCGCCACGCCUCCACCGACGACUGCUGGCUCAUCCUUGGCGACGACGGCCGCCAAAAGAUCUACGACAUCACGGCCUUCUUGGAGUCGCAUCCGGGUGGGCCCGAAAUCCUCAUGGACCUUGCGGGCCAAGACGCCCACGAAGAGUUUAAAGAGGUUGGGCACUCCAAAGCUGCGCAGGACAUGGUUGAGCAGCUCUGCAUUGGCCGGCUGCGCGUCGACGGCCGGCGCAAGGCCAAGCGCGGCCGCGUCGUCUUGCCCGUGGCCGUCGACGACGAAAAACGCCCGCGCCACGACCGACUGGUGGCGCUCAUGAUCCUUCUCAUGGCGCUAUGCUUUGGGUAUUUGCUCGUGCCCAACACAGCGCUGUAAUCCACAAAAUAGUUUAUGCAAACCCGAGUUUAGAGAUGACUACGUAGAAUACAUACUAGUUAUUUGAGUUAAUGUUGCAGUGAGGCG